AUGUCCUGGAUAUGUGAAGACGACUGGGAAGACCAAGACCUCGCACUCAAAUAUAAGGAGGAGGAAGAUCCGGGAGGCGUGCUAGAGCAAGUUCGCAACGAAGCAAUGGAUGAUGGGACUUAUUGGUCUUUGCAAAAGGAGGCGUACAAGACUAGAAGGGAGGCAAUCUUACGGAUGUUCCGGAGUUUUGUCAACGCCACAUGUAUUGAUAUCUGCUGGCUCGAUGAAUUCCGCGAACCAAAUCUUUCUAUUCCACUAUUUCCGUCAGCAAGAUCGAUACGACUGAGCGGAUUGACGACGGAAUAA